UUACGCUUGGUGUCAAGGCUGCGUUCGGAUUCUCACUUGGAUUGCUCCCCGGAUAUCAUAUCAUCCUUGUAGUUUACCGAACGUUAAACAAGAAAGAUAUGAUACCCGAGGAGCACCCGGGUGGGAAUCCGAACGAGCCCUAAAGCGCGUAUGAUCAAGUACAUUUGUCGGCCAUGUUAUCAUUUUAAAUUCGCCAAGUUUUGCAUAUCAGCCGACGUGAUUCAGCAGUUUGAUUAUUUAAUUUCCGUGUAAAUCGUGAGUUAUCGUGCAGUCUAUCGUCAACGACGUCAACGUUGGUCAACGUUGUCAAUAAUUCAUUCGGGCAAGCUUAAAUAGAUAGCUAAGAAUACAUUUGUGAUAUAAUGACGAUCAAGGCGGUCUGUGUCCUUCAGGGAGAGCCUGUUAAAGGGACCGUGUAUUUUGAACAAACGGAAGGUUCAAAUACGGUCAAGGUAUCUGGACAGGUUUCCGGCUUACAGAAAGGUCUACAUGGUUUUCACGUUCAUGAAUUUGGCGACAACACCAAUGGUUGCACGAGUGCAGGCGCUCAUUUCAAUCCGUUAGGAAAAGAUCAUGGUGGUCCAAAUGACAGUAUGCGUCAUGUUGGAGAUUUAGGAAACGUGGCAGCUGGUACUGAUGGUGUUGCAAAAGUUAAUAUCACCGACGCUAUGAUUCAGCUCAGUGGAGCGCACAGUAUCAUUGGACGAACUCUUGUGGUUCAUGCUGAUCCUGAUGAUUUGGGCCAAGGUGGCCACGAGUUAUCAAAAACAACUGGCAAUGCUGGCGCUCGUCUUGCUUGCGGUGUCAUUGGCAUCACAAAGUAAACGCAUAUACAUGAGUGCGAGAAGUUAAAAAGAUGGGGUAUAUAUUAGAAAGGGUAUAUACAUACUAUUUUCUUACUACUUAGUUUCCAAUAUAUAGUCAUGUCAUACAAAUGUUAUUGUUUUGUCAAUAUAAUAUGAUGAAAGUUUUGAUCUUAGACGUUAACGUUAAUGGAAAUGAUAAAAUACAUUAAUGUUAAAAUAUGGAUUAUGUAUGUUACCUAUGGAACUAAAUAAGUAUAGAAAAAUAUAUAUACAGAUCCA